UCCCGUAGAGACACUCCCGAGGGGACAGCCAUGUUAGUUGCCUGACAAAGUCACUAAAGAACAUUUGAAAGCCCGCCUCUCCACCUCCACGCACACGCGCUAACACAGCGCGAGGGCACCCUGUGGGGUGGCGGGCGGCCGGCCGCUCCCAAGCUGACACUGAGCAUGUGCACGGUGAAGUCCAGACACGGAAGAGUCCCUCAGAGUAUCCAGCACAGGGAGCUGCUCCCUUGGUGCCCCCAGGAAGCAUUUUGUGGGGUGAAUGGUGACUGACCACGUGCACACUGGCUCUCCAGGGUUUCUUGGAGUCUCUGUGGAGCCCCUGGGCCAGACCCCGAAGCAGAGUCUGUAGGACCUACCUCCUGGCCCCAGCAGCCCUGAUUGAGUCCCCGGCUGCCCGGCUGGCUUCGAGCUCCUGGGAAGAGCAGAGUCAUCAGCAAGAGAGCCCUUGAGCUGAGGCCCAGCGGGAACAUGCCAGCUAACCGGAGUUCUCCCCAGUGGCCCUCGGUCCUGGCUGCAGAGGGAUGUGUCAACUUGUGUGAGGUCUCCGUGUCAUUCGAGGAUGUGACUGUGGACUUCAGCAGGGAGGAGUGGCAGCACUUGGACCCUGCUCAGAGACGCCUGUACCGGGAUGUGACGCUGGAGAAUUACAGCCACUUGCGCUCAGUGGGGUACCAGGUUCCCAAACCAGAGGUCAUCUUCAAGUUGGAGCAAGGAGAGGGGCCAUGGACAUUGGAGGGGGAAACCCCACAUCAGGGCUGUUCAGACGAGGCUACUGGGGAAAUGCAACAACAGAGAAUUUCUGGGAAAGUUUCAUUCCACUGUGAGAAAUUUGGUCAGCCCAUAGGAAAAGAUCCAUUGUGUUCCAUUUUAGAAGAAUUGUGGCAAAAUAAUAGCCAGCUAGAGAGAUAUCAAGAAAGCCAAAAUAACCCUUUAAGUCAUGUGAAAGUACUGAUUAAGGAAAGGGGCUAUGAAUUUAAAAAUACUGAAAAAAUAAUUCACGUGAGUACCAAGCUUGUUCCUUCCAUUAAAAGACUCCAUAACUAUGACACCUUUGGAAAGAGUUUGAAGCAUACUUUAAACUUACACAAUCAUAAUAAAAGCAAUGCAACAAAGAAGCUUGGUAAGAUUUUUGGAAAUGAUACUAAUUUUGCCCAUAGCUCUUCCUCUACUGAGAAUGCGAAUACAGGAGCAAAUUCCUGUGAGGUUAAUCGAUGUGAAAAACAUCUUGGCAACGAACAAGUUCUCAUCCACCAUCAGAAUAUUCAGACUGGGGAGCAACUUUAUGUAUGUACUGAGUGUGUAAAGAGCUUCCCCCAGAAGUCACAUCUCUUUGAGCAUCAGAGAAUUCAUGCUAAGGAAAAAUCCCAUGAAUGCCAUAAAAGUGACAAAGCCCUCAUUCUGAAGCCACAGAUUAAUGGACCUCAAAGUGUUUGUGCAGGAGAUAAACCCUAUAUAUGUACUCAAUGUGGGAAGGCCUUUACUCUCAAGUCAAACCUCAUUACACAUCAGAAAAUUCAUACCGGGCAGAAACCGUAUAAAUGCAGUGAAUGUGGAAAAGCCUUUUUCCACAGAUCAUAUCUCUUUAGACAUAUGAGAAUUCAUACAGGAGAAAAACCAUAUGAAUGCAGUGAAUGUGGAAGAGGCUUCUCCCAGAAUUCAGACCUUACUAUACAUCAGAAAACUCAUACUGGAGAAAAACACUAUGCAUGCAGCGAAUGUGGGAAAGCCUUCACAAGAAAAUCAGCACUCAGAAUGCAUCAGAGAAUCCACACAGGAGAGAAACCCUAUGUAUGCACUGAAUGCGGGAAGGCCUUCAUCCAGAAAUCACAUUUCAAUACACAUCAGAGAAUCCAUACUGGCGAAAAGCCUUAUGAAUGCAGUGAGUGUGGAAAAUCAUUCACUAAGAAGUCACAACUCCAUGUACAUCAAAGAAUUCACACUGGAGAAAAACCCUAUAUAUGUACAGAAUGUGGAAAGGUCUUUACUCAUAGGACAAACCUCACUACACAUCAGAAAACUCAUACUGGAGAGAAACCCUAUAUGUGUGCUGAAUGUGGCAAGGCUUUCAGUGACCAGUCAAAUCUCAUUAAACACCAGAAAACUCACACUGGAGAGAAGCCCUAUAAGUGCAAUGGCUGUGGAAAAGCCUUCAUAUGGAAGUCACGCCUCAAAAUACAUCAGAAAUCUCAUAUUGGAGAGAGACACUAUGAAUGCAAUGAAUGUGGGAAAGCCUUUAUCCAGAAAUCGACACUAAGUGUGCAUCAGAGGAUCCACACAGGAGAGAAACCCUAUGUUUGUCCUGAAUGUGGGAAGGCCUUCAUCCAGAAGUCACACUUCAUUGCACAUCAUAGAAUUCAUACUGGAGAGAAGCCUUAUGAAUGCAGUGACUGUGGGAAAUGCUUUACUAAGAAGUCACAACUCCGUGUGCAUCAGAAGAUUCACACAGGAGAGAAACCCAAUAUAUGUGCUGAAUGUGGAAAGGCCUUCACUGACAGGUCAAAUCUUAUAACACACCAAAAAAUCCAUACUAGAGAGAGACCCUAUAAAUGCAGUGACUGUGGAAAAACCUUCACCUGGAAGUCUCGCCUCACUAUCCAUCAGAAAUCUCAUACUGGAGAAAGACACUAUGAAUGCAGUAAAUGUGGGAAAGCCUUCAUCCAGAAAGCAACAUUAAGUAUGCAUCAGAUUAUUCAUACCGGAAAGAAACCCUAUGCUUGUACAGAAUGUCAGAAGGCCUUCACUGACAGAUCAAAUCUCAUUAAACACCAGAAAACACAUAGUGGAGAAAAAGUAUAAAGCCAUUGACUGAAAAAGCCUUCAGCUGGAACUCACAACUGGGGAUGCAUCAGAUGUCUCAUAGUGGGGAAGAGGAGUGCCGGAUGCUGCGACUGGGGUACAGGGGGAGGUGGGCAUGACAGCCCACAGCUUAGGUAAACAGAAGGCAGACAGAGCCAAGUAUCCUUCAGUCAACUGGAAAUACAAGUACCUGCACCACCACAGUUGACAUGCAGUUAUAUGCAUAGGGAGACACUUUGAUAAGGCAUUUGAGCAAUAGUCCUGUUUGGUUGCAUGAUUCACACAGAGACCUUCAAGCUCUUACAAAUGGGUAGAGAGACAGACCCCAGGAGAUGGUAGAAAGGCCCCGGGAGAUGACUUGUAAUCUCUUAUGUUUCACUUUUUGGAUGAAGGACUUUAUAAAUUCAGCACUGAUUAGUUCUUCAUACCCUGGGAAUGUAGAAGUACUUAAUAUUGGCCACCUUUUUUUUUUUUCAAAUUUCUAGGGUGGGGAGAAGGGUUUUCAUUGUCCAGACACCUGCAGAGCACCAAAGUCAAGGCAAAAACCUAUUUGGGAAGGCAGAUCUGUGAGUAGAAGCCAGAAGUUUUUGUGAUCGUGGACAUUUAAGGCACAGGAAAAAUUGCCACGGGGAAUUUUUCUUUCUCUUCCCUUCACCAGAGUAUAUUUUUAAAAAACGAAAUAGAAUUUUUAAACUCCAAGUGUCACUUUAGGUUUAAAAUGACUUUAUGCGUUGGCAAAUUAGGCAUAGCUCUAGCCAAUGUUAACAGGAAUAUAGUUAUUAAACCCUACAGACAUCUAAAGGUGGCAACUGUUCUCUCAUUACUUCCGUGCUGUGACAGCUGGUGAUUCACAUCCAAAAAAGGUAUGCAUACUUUCUAACCUGUACCCCAAAAGCUAUCAUUUAUGUAAGCUGCAGACCAUAGACUUCUCAUCCCCCUAAAACAAUGGAACUGAGCCACAACACACUGGACUUCCGGUCUCAUCUGCUGAAGCUUCUGCUUUCUUUGGGAUUCCUGUUUGAAAAGGAGUGGUUGAUAAAUUGGGUUUCAAUAUA